AUGCGCCACAGGCUCGCCCAGCUGCGGGCGGCGCCGGGCAGCCCCCGGGAGCCCGCCGCGGCCUUCUCCUCCCUGCCCCGCGAGGGCGGCGGCGGCGGCAGCGCGGCGGAGACGGGCGACGAGGCCGAGCCGGCGGCGCACGACGACGGCGCGGGGGAGGCCGCGGCGCUGCUUUUCCCGGGCCUCGAGCUGGACGAGGCGGCGGCGGCGGCGGGCCGGCCGGGCUGGGCCUGCGACGACGCCGGGCCGCGCCGAGCCGGGGGGACGGGCGGCGGCGGGCCGCGGCGGAAGGCGGCGGAGGCGGCGCGCCUGAACCGCCAGCGGAAGAAGCAGUACGUGCAGGGCCUGGAGCGCCGCCUGCAAGGCCUGGCCGCCGAGAACCGCCAGCUGCGCGACCGCAACCGGGGCCUGUGCCGCCGCCUGCGCGGCCUGGAGCGGGAGGCCGGCUACCUGCGCGCCGUGCUGGCCAACCAGAGCGCCCUGGGGCGCCUCCUGGGACGCCUGGCCGGGCGCGGGGGGGCCGCGGCCGGCCUGCGGGUGGGCAGCAGCCUCUGGCACGACGGGACCGGCGGCGACCACGACUACGCCCUCCCGGGGCCCAGGGAAGACGGCGAAGAGGAUGUCCGGCCUUGCCGCGGCCCCGCCGGCCUCUGCCUCCACGUGGACCGGGACCAGGUGUCGGUGGAGUUCUGCUCCGUGUGCUCCCGGCGGGCGGCCCGGGGGCAGGCCGCCCGGGACCCUUCUUCUCCUCCUCCUCCUCCCUUCGCCGCCAAAAUUUUCUUUUUUAGGUGCUUGCCCUGCCAGGCCCCGUUGUGUAGGGGUUAA